UUGACACUUGGUGGGUAACCUAGGUCAUAUCCGGAUUCAUCUCUAGUCGGGUGCUCAGCUCAGCUAUGCGGAGGUCGAGGGUUUCUCAGCAAGAUUGGACUCCGUCCUCCUCCGCCCUCCCCAGAACAAUGGUUGAGGCUGCACUUGUUGACCAAAAGAUUGAAGGUGAUAUCAUUGACCAAAAGAUCGAAGGUGAUACCAGGGGCAUAAACUUGGCAGUAACAGGGAUAUCGAGGCCCAUGGGGAGUUUGCGAUUACUUAACUGAUGGCAUCCUUAGUACGAUUGAUCUUGGAGAAGCAGAGUUUCUGACGGGGAUUUCCGGAACAAUUAAUUCUUCUAACCAAUAUGCAAGCAAAAUUAUAAAUUCACUUACGCUUAUCACCAAUGUCCGUAAUUAUGGACCUUUUGGAGGAGUAGGAGGAACUCAUUUUUGUAGUCCGCUCAUGGGCAACGCUAGUAUUGUUGGCUUCUUUGGCCGUUCUGGACAUGUUGUUGAUGCAAUCGGCCUCUAUGUGAACCUUGCGAGAGGACCAAUGGAGAAACAGGAUUUGAUUACCAAGGUUGGUCUAUGGGGAGGUAAUUCAGGGCAGGCGCAUGACUUGGACGUGGUACCACGACGUUUGAUAAGCGUGGUAGUUCGUAGUGGCGAGGUAAUUGAUUCACUCAAGUUUACGUACAGCGACUGCGAUGGACAUCAGCACACUGCUGGUCCGUGGGGAGGAUCGGAUGCAUCUCAGAGUAUGAACAAUCAUAUGAUUCUGCUUGGCCGUUCAGAGGUAGUGAAGGAAGUUUCUGGAACAAUUGGUCCGAAUUCCUCUGUUCCAGAUUUUGUAUCGUCACUUUUGCUCGCCACCAAUACUUCGAGCCAUGGACCUUUUUGGAGAAGGGAGGGGGAUUCCUUUCCGCAUUCCGGUGCAGGAUAAUGAUAGCAUCGUUGGCUUUUUUGCCCAGGCUGAGAAGCAUAUUAACGCAAUUGGUUUCUAUCUCGAAUCAAUGGAAAUCAAGGACAAUGAUGGACCUCCAUGUGCCAACACAAAGUUAGAAGGUGAUAUAAAGGAGCCAUAUAUGACAUGUAUUACGAAGAUUGGGCCGUGGGGAGCUAAUAAUCACAACUAUAAGGACAUCGAGGUGGCACCUCUAUGUUUGAACAGCAUCACAAUCCGUAGUGGAGACGUUGUAUUUUCACUUGCCUUUUCGUACAGUGACAACAACGGCAAGCAGCACCAUGCAGGUCCAUGGGGAGCUUCGGCAGGCUUUUCUUAUGGGAGCUUUGAUACAAUUCUGUUAGGACCCUCUGAGUUUCUGGCCGAAGUUUCUGGAACAACUGGUUCCUCUACGCAAUAUUCUUCUGACGUUGUAACAUCCGUUAUGUUUAUUACCAAUGCUCGUCGGUAUGGACCUUUUGGAGGAGGAGGAGGAAUUCCUUUUCACAGUCCAGUGCUAAGCAAUGGCAGCAUCGUUAGCUUCUUCGCUAAUACUGGGAGGGUGGUCGACGCAAUUGGUGUAUAUGUGAAGCCAAAUGACAGGGGAUCAACGAAAGAACAGGACCCGGUUACAAAAAAUGGGCCAUGGGGUGGUGGUUCAGGGAGGCCUAGUGACGUGGAUGUGUUGCCACGACGUCUGAUAAGCGUGGUCAUUCAUAGCGGUAGGGUAAUCAAUUCACUUACGUUUACAUAUAGUGAUUGCGAUGGUCAACAACACUCCGGUGGUCCAUGGGGAGGGACGGCUAAUCCUCUAGAAGGGAGCUCUCACACGAUUCUCCUUGGCCAGUCAGAUUUCUUGAUGGAAGUUUCUGGAACAGUAGGCUGGAACUCGGAAAACUCAGAUGUUGUAACAUCACUUUACUUUGUCACCAAUACCGGUAGCUACGGACCAUAUGGAAAUGGAGGCGGGACUCGUUUUCGAAGUCCGCUACAGAGCAAUGGUAGUAUUGUCGGCUUCUUUGCCAAUGCUGGAGACGUGAUUGACGCAAUCGGUAUCUAUUUUAGCCCAGAGAGGGAUACAAUCAAACAGAAGGUCGAAGGAGGUUCUGGGAUUUUACAUGGUAUGGCCAACAUAAUGUUUGAUGCUUCGAGAGAAAGGGUGGACAUAAAAUCUGAAUCUAAUGUCCUGGAGCAUACACUACUUGAUGAAAGCGUGGAGCCAACGAAUCUGCCGCUAGGACUUUUACAACACAUCACUGAGGAUUUUGCUGAUGCGCGACAAAUUGGUCGUGGUGGAUUCGGAAUCGUUUACAAGGGUGAUCUUCAAAACGGGAGCGUUGCUGUUAAAAGACUUCUGAACAGCCAUACAAUCGAAGAGGAGUCAUUUUAUCGCGAGGCUACUUUCCUGAUCAGUGUUAAACACAAAAAUAUAGUACGGUUACUAGGUUACUGUGCCAAUACAGAGAGUAAAGCGAUGAUAAAUCCAGAACCAGGGGAAACACCAAAGUUUAUUUUUGCAGAGAUAAGAGAAAGAUUACUUUGCUUCGAGUAUAUCAACAAAGGAAGCCUCGACAAAUAUCUUACCGAUGAAUUAAGGGGACUUAAAUGGCAUACCCGUUACCAAAUUAUUAAAGGAAUUUGCAGCGGCUUGGAGUAUCUUCAUAAGGAAAAGGGUAUUAUUCACAGGGAUCUUAAACCUGCCAAUAUACUGCUUGAUGAUCUUAUGGUACCAAAAAUAACAGAUUUUGGUAUAUCAAAACUACUCGAUGGAGUAACACACAUUGUCACUAGUAACUCCGCAAUUUCACUUGGGUAUUGCGCUCCGGAAUUCAUAAAGCAUGGUCAGGUGUCAAUCAAGUCAGAUAUAUUCAGUUUGGGAGUUAUAAUUACAGAACUCGUAACUGGAUGUAAGGGCAACCUUGACAUUCAAAAUGUACUUAGAAGGUGGAGGUACAGGUGGAAUAAAUCAGUGAAUUAUCCACUAUUUGGAUACCAGCAGGUAACUAAAUGCAUUGAAAUAGCGCUAAAGUGCUUGUUAGACUCUCCAAAGAAGAGGCCUAAAAUAUCAGAUAUAGUCAGUAUGCUUAAUGCAUUGGAAAAUACGAAUGAGCACAUUAACAAUGUUGGUGACUCGCUAGUUGGCCCGAUAAGCCCUUACCCGUGGGAGCUGCUUGAGUUUGAUAGGCUUGAGCUGAAUUUUCCCUUCGAGAUAAACAAGCCGAUACCGUGUUCACUUCAGCUAACCAACAUAACCAAUGAUUAUGUUGCCUUUGAUGUCGAAAUGACAGGCUCACUGCAAUACUGCAUAGAGCCGGAGAAAUGUGUUGUGCCGCCACGAUCCAAGUGCAAUAUCAUGGUAACACUGCAAGCGCAAAAGAGGGCGCCACAUUAUGCGGUGCGUCUCCGUGAAUGAGGGCCUCGGUGCUGAGGACGAGUUCUUCAUUAUGCGGUGCGUCUCCGUGAAUGAGGGCCUCGGUGCUGAGGAUAUCAACAUAGACAUGUUCAAUGAGGAGUCGGGUAAAGAGGUCGAUGAGGUGACCUUGAAGGUUGUUGUUAUUACAGAAUUAUUGGUGAACUAAAUUGUGAUUGACAAUUACAAUCUCCAUGCCAAAACAGACUCCAUCCAAAUGUGACAUAAAUCCUCUUUUACAUGUGUGUGUAACAGUUUAUCCAAUUAAUAAAAGAU